UGCUGGUAACUACACAAACACAAGUUCCUACGACACAAACCUUAAAACCCUUCUUUCUAAUCUCACUUCCGACCCAAAAAUUGAUUAUGGCUACUACACUUCCUCUGAAGGCCAAAACCCUAAUAGGGUCAACGCCCUUGGACUGUGUAGAGCAGAUGUUAAGCCAGAUUCUUGUCGUAGUUGCCUCAACAAUGCCACAAUCCUUCUACGAAAGCUAUGCCCAAAUCAGAAAGAAGGAUAUGGAUUCAAUGAUGGGUGCAUUUUACGAUACGCUAAUCGUUCCAUGUCUGGGAUAAACCAAGACCCUAAUUAUUUAUACUACAUGUGUAACGGAAAUAAUGCAACAGACGACAAGUACAAUGAAGUUCUUGAUGGUCUAAUGCGAAGGCUGAGAAGUAAAGCCGCUGCCGGCGAUACUCGUCGUAAGUUUGCCGCUGGUACGGCGGCAGCUUUGUUUCAAACUGUGUAUGGUCUUGCUCAGUGCAUUCCUGAUUUGUCUGAGCAAGAUUGCGGCGACUGCUUGGAGAAGGCGAUUGCGAGCAUUCCCAGGGUUUGUAACAACAAGAUUGGUGGGAGGAUUAUCAAACUGAGUUGCAAUGUUAGAUAUGAGAAUUUUCGAUUCUAUGAUGUUGCGGUUGUCGAUUCAUUAUCUUCAUCUCCUCCAGCUGCUUCACCAUCCAACACGUCUUCCCCACAAGGAACUUCUGCUUCACCUAAAGCUUUGUCUUCCCCAGAAAGUACUUACUCCUCUUUCUAA